GCCGGCUGCUUCGCUGCCAAUCUCUGCAAAUGAAGGAAAUCUCUGCUAAUACCAUGUGCCCCAUCAGGGGCGGACUGACAACUCAUGGGGCCCCCCAGGCAAUAGGGGAUCAUGGGGACCCUGUGUCCUUGCCCAAACUCAAAAAAGCCUAUGAAAAAGGUACCAAGGGCAUUUCAUGGGGUCCCCUACUGACCCCGGGCCCUCGGGCAGUGCCUGAGUGACUGAAUGGUCAGUCCACCCCUGACUGG